AUGUCCAGUUUUCGAAUGAUUGUGGUAGGAUUAUUUUUGGUCUUCACUGUAGCCCCUUCAGCUUCCAGUGGUUAUACCAAUCCUUGUCAAUCGCAGCAAUACGGUCAAAGAUUAAAAAGUUUAAGCAAUAUCGUGUUUAAAGGCGAAGACAAAAAUUACAAAUUUGACAUCAGAAUUUGUCAUGACGUAGACAAGUAUGCUGGUGCUGCUAUCGUUCAAUUCGACAAGAAAGACAGUAAAAAUUAUACUAUUGGAAAGACUGCAAAUCUUACCGUUAAGGCUGGAUCCAACUGGAUGUUACUGACUUAUGGAGACGGAGAUGCUUAUAAAAGCCACUGCAAUAAAAGACCGCGUAAAGGGUUAAUAAUGCUAACCUGUGCUGCUGGUACUUCGAGCACAGUGAAGGUACUAGAAGAGUAUAGAGAGACAACUCCGGUGACGAAUGACUGCUAUUAUCUAUUCGAAAUAGCUACUGGUGCCUCGUGUGGAAAUGAUAACGGGCCACCUUUACCUCUAAGUCCUGGAUCUAUUUUUGUAAUAGUUGUUAUAGCACUUCUGGCUGGCUUUCUUGUUUUAGGUAUACUAUUGAAAUGUCUGCUAUAUGGAGCUCGCGGAAAGGAGGCCGUUCCAUGUUAUGAUCUUUGGACUACUUUCUUUACCUUGCAAGCGGAUGGUUGUGACUAUAUGUGUCGGUGUAAGAAAUCGUUUACUUCGACUGGCGAUUGGGAAAAUCGCGAUAAUGAUUAUUCUCCGGAACUCUUUCAAGAUAAGAAAUCUAGCGCCGAUGAUCGCUUACUUUCGCCGUAGACAUCACGGAACAUGUAUGAAAAUUUACAAGUUUGGUUGGCUUGUUAUUCGCUUCGAG